GUGAUGAUAGUGAUGAUGCUCUUUGUUUCCUUAGGGUAAGCGCGCGGUGCCUGUCGUUGCAGGGCAGGAGGGAUCUGUGAUGACCUUCACCUCCUGGUGGGGAGUCAUCCUGGCGGUGGCCAGUUCUAGACUGAAGAGCCACAGUCCCUGGCCAUUAGCUGUGGUAGACCUGGAAGAAGUUCAUGUGGUUCUCCAAGCUUGGUUUGUCUAUUGGAAAAGCGGGGAAAUAAGGUAGGCCAGCUUGUCGAGUUGUGAGACUCCUGCACCUGCUUGUUGACAACUUUCUCUGGUGCUGUGUGGUGCGUACAAGACGGAGACUGUCCCUGCGGACCCCUGGAGUAACAAUAAGCGCACAGUAAAUAAGCAUGAUAGAGAAUGUCACUUUCCACCAUGAAGGAUUCUUCUGGAGGUGCUGGUUUAAUGGGAUUGUGGAAGAGAAUAACUCUAAUAUCUGGAAGUUCUGGUAUACCAAUCAGCCACCAUCCAAGAACUGCACUCAUGCCUACCUGUCGCCGUACCCCUUCAUGAGAGGAGAGCACAAUUCCACGUCCUACGACUCAGCCAUUAUUUACCGUGGCUUCUGGGCAGUCCUGAUGCUGCUGGGGGUAUUCGCUGUUGUGACCGGGAGCUUUCUGAUCAUCUGCGCGGCCCCCUUCGCCAGCCAUAUCCUCUACAAAGUGGGGGGAGGCUCCUACAUUGCCGCAGGCGUCCUGUUCUCCCUGGUGGUGAUGCUGUACGUCAUCUGGGUCCAGGCUGUGGCCGACAUGGAGAGCUACAAAGCCAUGAAGAGGAAGGACUGCUCGGACUUCAGCCCUUCUGUCCUGUAUGGCUGGUCCUUUUUUCUGGCUCCAGCUGGGAUCUUCUUUUCUUUGUUGGCUGGAUUAUUAUUUCUAGUUGUUGGACGGCAUAUUCAGAUACAUCAUUAAUCACACUGCUGAUACCUGCAUUUUCUUGGGGGAUUUUAAAAGAGUCUCCUUUUUUUUUUUUCUUUUGUUUCAGUGAUCUCAGUGUAUAGGUAAUAGGUGUUCCUUCUUAGUUGCUUUUGGAUUAAUCAAUUUGUUUGUGAUUUCCUUUGAUAAGAAGGUCUGAGAAUCUCUCCAGACACCAACAUGUUUCUGUCUGUCUAAGUGCUGCAAAGGACCUACUAGAGUGUUCUGCGAGUGGGUAAACGGGUGAGUGAAAGGCAAACGGUCCCCCUUCGCUCCGUUGCAUACGUUCAAGUUCAUGCAGGCUGCAAAGGCCUGAAAACAGCAUAAUGCCUUUGCAUGGACAAAUCCAGAUUUGGUUUAAAUCUUCGUUCUUGGCAUUCACUCCUGCUACUCAUUUGAAUAGGAGAUCUUUGGAGAAUAAUUAAGACUGGAAAAACAAAUGCAGUCAGAGGAUGUAUUUCGUUCCUUCCCCACACAUCCACACGCAACAUCUACUGACUCCUGUGAGCCCAUGAUUCAGAAUUUAAAAAUAAACAGCAGUUGUUCUUGUUAGCGGGAGACACACACUCAACGACUGAAACAGGCCACAACAAACCACACUGAAAACAAAUACUUACUCCACGCUCUUACCAACAGUAGCUUGGUUACUUAAUUUUAUUCAGUUAUUAGUGUAUGCCUACGUAAAUCUGAAACUGUAUUUAAAAUGAACAGAGCUGAACACUAAAUUAUGUAUCUAAUGCCCAUUGAAUUUUCAUAA